UGUGUGUGUUGCAUUACUUUGUUAAGGUUAAUUAGUUUCUUCCAUUAACAAGAAAGGAACAUAUUAUUUCUGAGAGAAACUGGGAGAAUCAAACCUGAAUUGUAGCAGCACAAGAACGGUCCCCAAUUAGGAUAACAACAACUUUUCUUUUCAAUACCCUCAAAAUUUUCACCCUUCAUUUUCCUUAUCCUAUUCUAAUUCUAAAUUCUCAAAAACAAAAGACAGAAACAGAUGCUUUUCCUAUUGUUCAUUGUCUUUUUCUAAUCAGAAUCUCUUCUCGUCACACACUUCAGAGUAGUAGUAACCCAAAAACCAAAAACUCUGAACCCAAAAAACAAAAAGAGACUCCAUUGAAAUUUCUUCUUAUCACUUCACUAAAAGAGGAGACACCCCAUUAAAAUUCUCAGCAAAAAGCUUCAAACUUUAAUAAGAAAGAAGACAAAUUCCCACUACAAACUAUGCAAUUGCAACGGCGUGUUCUCGAAACAGGGUUAAGCAUUUCACCAUCUUCUUCAUCAUCUUCUUCUUCUUCGAUCAUCAAUGAAGCGAACUUCGACACCAACAUGGUGAUAAUCCUGGCGGCGCUAAUGUGCGCACUGGUGUGCGCCUUGGGUCUGAACUCCAUAGCACGGUGUGCGCUCCGGUGCGGACGGAGGCUGACGGCGGAGCAAGAGGCGGAGAGGCUGGCGACGACGGGGCUCAAGAAGAGCCACCUGAGGAGGAUUCCCGUGGCGGUGUACGGCUCCGGCGAGAAUAUUCCAGCGACGGAGUGCCCAAUAUGUUUGGGUGAGUUCGAGAGAGGGGAUAAAGUUAGAAUGCUUCCUCAGUGUAACCACGGGUUUCACGUGAAGUGUAUUGACACGUGGCUCGUUUCGCAUUCGUCUUGCCCUAAUUGCCGACACUCCUUGCUUGAAGACUCGGCUCGGCUCGGCUCGGCUCAACUCGGCUCCAUUCUACAUUUGUGGUUGGCUCUUUGA